AUGGCAAUUACCAAGGUUCACGCCCGUUCCGUCUACGACUCCCGUGGCAACCCCACAGUCGAGGUGGACAUCGUUACCGAGACUGGCCUGCACCGCGCUAUUGUCCCCUCUGGUGCUUCUACCGGACAACACGAAGCUUGCGAGCUCCGAGAUGGCGACAAGUCCAAGUGGGGUGGCAAGGGCGUCACCAAGGCUGUUGAGAACGUCAACUCCAUCAUUGCCCCCGCAUUGAUCGAGAAGAACCUCGACGUCAAGGACCAGUCCGCAGUCGACGAGUUCCUUAACAGCCUCGAUGGCACCCCCAACAAGACCAAGCUCGGUGCCAAUGCCAUCCUCGGUGUCAGUCUGGCUGUUGCCAAGGCUGGUGCUGCUGAGAAGGGUGUCCCCCUGUACGCUCACAUUUCCGACCUCGCUGGCACCAAGAAGCCCUACGUCCUUCCCGUUCCCUUCAUGAACGUCCUCAACGGCGGUUCCCACGCCGGUGGCCGUCUCGCUUUCCAGGAAUUCAUGAUCGUGCCUUCUGAUGCCCCAAGCUUCUCUGAGGCCCUUCGCCAGGGUGCUGAAGUUUACCAGAAGCUCAAGGGUCUUGCCAAGGCCAAGUAUGGCCAGUCUGCUGGCAACGUUGGUGACGAGGGUGGUGUUGCCCCCGAUAUCCAGACUGCCGAAGAGGCUCUCGACCUCAUCACCGAUGCCAUUGAGCAGGCCGGUUACACUGGCAAGAUGAACAUUGCCAUGGAUGUUGCAUCCAGCGAGUUCUACAAGGAGGACGUCAAGAAGUACGACCUCGACUUCAAGAACCCCGACAGCGACCCUACCAAGUGGAUCACCUACGAGCAGCUUGCCGACCUCUACGGCAGCCUCGCUAAGAAGUACCCCAUUGUCAGCAUUGAGGACCCCUUCGCUGAGGAUGACUGGGAGGCCUGGAGCUACUUCUACAAGACCCAGGAUAUCCAGAUCGUCGGUGAUGACUUGACUGUCACCAACCCUCUGCGCAUCAAGAAGGCUAUUGAGCUCAAGGCCUGCAAUGCCCUCCUCCUCAAGGUCAACCAGAUCGGUACCCUGACUGAGUCCAUCCAGGCUGCCAAGGACUCCUACGCCGAUGGCUGGGGUGUCAUGGUCUCUCACCGUUCUGGUGAGACCGAAGAUGUCACCAUCGCUGACAUCUCUGUCGGUAUCCGAUCCGGUGAGAUCAAGACUGGUGCCCCCGCUCGCUCUGAGCGUCUGGCCAAGCUUAACCAGAUUCUCCGCAUCGAGGAAGAGCUUGGUGAGCUCGCUGUCUAUGCUGGUGCCAACUUCCGCAAGGCUGUCUCCAUUUAA